AUGCCUUUCCCUCUAGUCCUUCAGAGAUCAUUCUCCUCGCAAUUAAAGACAAUCUCUUCUCCUAGUAAACGAACAGUUGAGAUCGAGGCCUCAACUCUGAUCAGGGAAGAUCAUUCUGUGCGACAUGUCUCCACUGCGCUAUUCGAUGUUUUGCCAACCGAAUUGAAAGUAGAAAUCUUCCUGUAUUGUUUACCAGUACUCCCCACUUUUCACCCUGAUGAAGCACCAGUGGCACUAACACGUGUGUGCCGCUCGUGGAACAGCCUUGUGCUAUCAACGCCUCGAUUAUGGUCGUCGUUUUCAAUAUCUAUUGAAGGCGCUGGUGCAGCUGCAGCUGCACGCGACAUCCAACUCAUGGACAAUGUGAAACGAUGGCUCGAUCGGUCUAAUCCAUACCCACUCCAUAUUCGACUCACACACAUUGCUCAACCUCACCUGCGUGAUAACGAAAGCCAUAGAUCUGGACAGAUACUUUCUCUAUUGAUAACGCAUGUACACCGCUGGAAACACGUUGAAUUCUUCAUUCCUUCUGGAACCUCCUAUGUCCUUCUGCGUCUUGGUGCCCAUCAACUUCCAGCAUUGAAAUCACUUUCUCUCAGAACCUAUGGAUCGUUUGGAUCAUUGGGACUGUUGCAGUUUCCCCUCUAUCGGAUUCCUUGGAGUCAAAUUUCAGCGGUUACCCUACAAUUGGAGCAAACCUUGAUGUCGAUCGAACAUUGUCUUCAUAUAUUGGGGCAGGCCGGAGGUCUUCAGGAGUGUUCUCUCAAUGUAAACUGUACCACGCCUAAAUGUGAUACACCCCUCUAUCCCGUUGUCUUGCCAUCCUUGAAGACUCUCGGAUUGACUUUACGACGAGGCGCCAUGGUUAACCUCGUCCACUUUCUGGCCGCGGUUGAAUCACCCAAUCUGCAAGAACUGCACAUUGGCUGGUUCGUUCCAACGGCGCAGUCACCGACAACGAAUUUUCACGAUUUACUCCCUUUCUUUACGAGGUUCUCGCACUCAUUAUCUCAGCUCACUAUUGCAUACCUUCCUUUAUCUACCCAACAGCUUCAUGCUAUCUUAUACCAACUUCCUAAUAUCACCCAUCUCACUCUGAAGUAUCCAUUGGACGACCCAUCCCAAGAUCCCAUCACCGACGAAUUCUUUUCCGCCGGAACGUUCACCACUCCGUCAACUGAAGCCACCGCAGAGAGUCCGACUGAGUUUUUGCUUCCCCGAUUGAAGCAUUGCAAUCUUGAAUGCCACGGAGCGGGUUACACCUCUGCCGCUCUUGUCGCAUUCCUCCGUUCCAGGACCUGUCAAAAUUAUGAUAUUGAUCCUUCCACUGUCCUUCAUAGGAUGUCGGUGAUGAAAUCCUUCCGGAUACUGUCUAUGAAAGUUAUUUUAGAUGCUGUUCAGGCUUUAAACACGCAGUGGAGGGUUGAAGGGAAGAAUAUUUCUAUCGAUACGUUAACCGUGCGGUGA